AUGGCUGGCCACUCCCUCAUUCCUUCCACCAACCCUCCCAGCAAACCUCCUGCAAGAUCCACCAAGAAUUUCAAAUGCUUGUACUGUUUUCAGAAAGGCCACACCAUUUCCAGGUGUCAUGUAGUCAGUUAUGAUGAGCAAAAGGGACUAAUCAGAAGAAUUGGCGCUGAAUUUUGGCUCUCAGACAAUUCACCUAUACUCUUGGAUCCAUGGAGGCCUAUCAAAGACAUAGUGGACAACUUUUCAGCUACUCAGAACCAUCAACGUGUGAUCUCUCCUCCUCCAUCUACACAAUUCAGGUACUCCCUUGCCUCAACUGCAGCUACUGAAGAAUCAACAAUGGAAGAAGACCCCAGCAAAGUCACUCUUUCAUCAGCUCAAACAACAGAAGAAAUCAACUGCCAGGUAUUCAAUGCUCUUCCUUCUCCUGGAUCCAUUGGAGUCAAGUUGAAUGGAUACGACUGUGAAGGAUUGUUGUGCCCUGGACUGCUUUUUAAUUUCAUCUCAGAAGAGGAGGCUCAAAAACGUGACUUCAACGUUCAUCCGCAAGACAUUUGGAUGCCAGGGUUUUGUGACAACGACAUCAAUAUCACCGGGAUAGCGCUAGCCUCUCUAUCGAUGGAGGGAGUUUGUGAAACAACCUCAUUCCUGAUCACACAGCAACCUGGACCUCUCGUACUUGGAAAGCCGUUCAUAAAGGAUUUUUCGGCCGAAAUCAGUUACAACAACCCAUCAGCUCCAACACUGUCACUACUAGAUUCUGGAGGCACAACUCACCUCUUUGCAAUUUCUCAAGGUGUUCUUAUUCAAAUCGGUCUCUCAAGUCACUGCUGA